AGGCAAUCCACGCUUAACGAAGAGACCAUCUACUUACCACAAAACUAGCUAUCUCUUCUUUCUCCCUUCUCUACUGCACUCUUCUGAUCUCUUUCGGCUCUGAACCCAUGGCCUCUCCCAGACUAAUUAUUACUCUUCUUCUUUUUGUGCUUGUUCAUGUCUUUGUUUUGCUUUCUCCCCCGGUGCACUGUAAUGAGAAUGAAGACAAUCUUCUUCAGGGCAUUAACAGUUUCAGGCAAGCAGCAAUACAGCCGCCCCUCGUAAAAAAUGGGAAAGCAGAUUGCCUCGCCGAUGAAAUUGCCAACGAGUUAGAGGAUGAGUCUUGCACCAGCACCACCAACGGCGCCAGCAUUGUGCCAAGCUCCAACACCCGACUUUCCGAUUUCCCCAAGCACUUAGACAAGUGCAAAAUCAACGCCAACUCCACGGCAGACGCAAUCAUAAUGUCUGUUUGUGUGCCCGAUUUGGUCCCAACUCUUGUGCUUACUAACUAUACGCACACACCAUUAGCAAAGUAUCUAAACAAUUCCAAGUAUACUGGAGUCGGGGUUGGUUCUGAGGAUAAUUGGAUGGUGGUCGUUUUGACAACAAACACCACGACAGGAAGUUUUUCUGGGGCUCUCUCUUUGGUUCCAAAGGUUGGUUUUGGUCACUACAUGGUGUCUUCGUUGUUGGGGUUGUUUUUCCUCUUUGCAAACUGAAAUUGCUCUGUUGGGGAAAAAGGGUAUAUGUUUAUGCAGUUUCUGGUUGUGUAAAUUUGUCAUGACUCAUGAACUUGGACUUACUACAAUCUCUUGACAUCUCCUCGAUCGUAACAGACUAUUUUCCCUUA